AUGAAUGCAUCGUAAUCUUAGGAAAUGGGUGGCUAAAAUUCAUUGAUUGGAGAAAACAGCAUUAUUUAAUAGGAUGAAACCAGUCAUCAUUAGAAUAAUCCAAAUGAAGAUCAUCUAUUGAGAAAUUUGGACGAUAUUUAAGAAUAAGCCUAGCUUGAAGAUGAAUUAAAUGAAGCGAGCGCCAUAACUGAAUCUUUUGACAUUAAUAAAUCUCAAGACUAUGCAAGCAAAAGAGGUGUUGAUACAGACAGAUCUUUUUUGAAUCAAGGGACAAAAAGUUUAUCUAUGGCAUUAGGGCACAGUGAUAACGAUUUAAAAUUCUCCUCAAAGCACAAAGUGUAAAAAAAUUUAAAGCCUGACUCCUCAUUGAACAUGGAAGAGCUUAUGAUAAAUGGUGACAAUAGUCACAUUCUUGAGAAAUCAGAAUCAAGUGGGACAACAAUAAAGCAAAAAACUCAGAAAAAGACAUCUAAAUUUUAAGGUAUAAAGCAGAGUGCUGAUUAAAGUAACAAGGGCAGGUACUCAGUUUCAAUUGAUAAAUCCAAAAUUAGUUCAAACUCUUAGUAAAUGGAAUUGGGAUCCACUAGAGCAGCAAUUCCAGGUGAUGAAUACAAACUCCCUCCAGGAAUGAAAUAAAGAAGAGCAGGAUAACUUAAAAAUGCGUUCAGACAGUCAAUUGUUCCUAAGAAUCCUGGGCUUUAAUUGACAAACGAGGAGUUGGCUAAAAAGAUAGAAAAAGAAAGAUUGCAAUAGCUACAUGAGUCAGCUGAGAAACUUAAAACAAAAUUAUAAUAAAUUGGGAGAUGUGGAAUUUGUACUCUGAUGCCCCCGUGUAAACACACUGAGUUACUAGAAUAAUAGCUAAGAGAAAAAUAGCAACUAAUUCUUGAACAAGAACAAGCUGAGUUGAUGAACACUGAUAUUAGUGCUGAACUAGAUGAGCAUUAAGAGCGAAGGAAUAUCUAUCAUCAUGUCAAGAAAUAACAGACAGAAGCAAGUGACAAUGGUUAAAGUAAAAGCCCUGCAAAUAAGCAUAGAUCAGUUGAAGGGUCUCAAGGUGAAAACAGUCCAGAUAGAGUUAAAGUUGAGUACAUAAGUGAUAAUCCCCAGCCAUAUUCAAAAACUCUGGUAAUGUUUGGACAGAAGCAUCUAAGAGGAUCUUAUCAUCAUGGACAGGAUUAGUCGAGUAGGCUUAGUCCAUAUUCAAUUCUAAAGACUUCUAGAGAUGUAGACCUUGAUAGUGAGAUUCAAAAACUAAAGGGAAUGGGCUUUAAGAAUACUAGAGCUUCUGUUCUAAAAUAACUACAUCUAAGAAAACAAUUUGAAGAAAAUCCAAAUUUAGCAAGAUAUCCAAAGUCUAAACCUCAAAAUGAAUCUCUUAAUACUAGUUAAUUCAAUUUUAACUCAGAUCAAUAAGCAUAGCAUAACCCUUUCAGAUUAAAUCAAUCUGUUGACAUGAAAGAACUUGGUACUCUACAAAAUCCAUAGAUCAGAAUCAGGAAUAAGAGAGGUUAAUACGAAAGUGUUGACGGUAAUAGCGUAAAUUUCUCUCUUAGAAAGCAUGAGGAAAAUUAAGAUUAAAUGAAAUAUGCUGAAUAGAGACUGAGAGUAAUUGAAUAGAUAUCAAAAUACAGAGAAGAGAAAAUCAAAAGAGAGUUUAUGAAGCUAGAAGAGGAGCUAAAGAGGGAGGAGGAAAGAAUCAAGCAAGAAAAAGAAAAGGAACAUAGAAGAAGAUAGCAUAUGGAAGAUGCUAAGAGAAAAUUAGAAGAUUAUUAAAGAUUGAAAGAAGAGAAGGAUAGAUAAGAUAGAGAAAGAUAAGAUUAAAUGAGAUAAAGCAUUAAAUUAUAAUAGCUUCAAAUAAUAAAGCACAACGAUGAGUUGGCCCAAGGUUCCUAAGCAAAUAUGGAGAUAUCAUAAAUAUCAUCAAAUUCUAAAGAGAGGAAAUCAGUGUCUCCAAUUUAAGUCACAAGAUACAGAGAUCGAAAUUAUCAGAAUAAUCUAAUGGACAACAAGAAUUAUCACAUAAGGAUUGACAAGUAAUAAUGGUAGAUUAGUUAAGAGCAGCACAUGAGAAACCAGAGAGAGGUUUAUCCAAAAAUUGACAAUAAAGUUAUGGCAUAUGGAAUCUAUAACUAAAGUGUUAAGGUUAAGGAUAUUACAAGGCAAAGUGGAGGUUCAACAAAGCAAAGCAUGAAGAAGAAUUAAUUGAGAAAAUCGAUGAUCUAGUAUAUUCCUAUGGCUGAGAAGAUCAAGGCAUCUCAUAACAGCUCAUAGCUUAUCAGAGAAAUUAUGCAGAAUCAUAGUCAGAUUGAGACGAAUUAGGUAACAAAUAGAGGCGAUGAAAUAAGUGAAGCAUCAAAGCAAAGAUAGCAAAUGCAAACUAUUUGA